AUGGACAAGUUUUCUACUUGUAUUGGUAUUAACCUAUAUAACCAUUGUUAUAACUAAAUACAUAAAAGGUCUUGUCUAUCUCUGGAGUUCAUUUAGGCGAUUCCCAGAACCGGUGAAGGAAAGACAUUGGUUAUUUGGUCAUAUAUUGAUAUUUGCAGGCAAAACCUCUAGAUUGGACAAAAUUUUGGAAUGGACUGCACAGUUUCCCAAAAUGUUCAUCACCUGGAUUGGGCCAACGAGGGUUCGAGUUAUUCUACAUCACCCAGAAACUGUCAAAAAAGUCCUCGUCACUUCAGAUCCUAAACCUGUCGGGUUCGGUGAACCAUACAGACACGGUCUACCCUGGCUUGGAGAAGGCCUUCUGAUUUCCAGUGGCAGAAAAUGGCGGCGAUCAAGACGUAUGCUAACGCCUGCCUUUCAUUUUGACAUUUUGAGACCUUACGUGAAAAUCUAUAAAAUUUGUGCAGAGUUAUUGAUGAGAAACCUCAUGCUACAUACUGAUACCGGAAACAGUGUUGAAAUUUACAACCAUGUAAGUUCCUGUACAUUGGACAUCAUACUCAGAUGCGCCUUUUCUUACAAAACAGACUGUCAGGAAAUAAGGGAAAGCACACAUCCUUACGUAACUGCAGUUCAGGAGAUAGCCAUACAGUGGCUUCUAAGAAAUAAGUCGCCAUGGCUGCAUCCAGAUUUCAUAUUCUACAGAACAAAACAAGGACGAAAGUUCAAGGAAAACUGUGACUAUGUUCAUAAGGUGGCAGAGGAUAUAAUAGAUAAGCGACGUCGAGAAAUAGAAAAUGCGGACUUGUCCUCUAAAAAGUAUCUGGACUUUCUUGAUAUACUUUUAACGGCAAAGGAUGAAAAUGUAGAGGGGUUAACAAAAUCAGACAUCCGUAACGAAGUGGACACGUUCUUAUUUGAAGGUCAUGAUACUACAGCUAGUGCUAUAUCAUGGAUUUUAUAUUCAUUGGCUGAGCAUCCCGAGCAUCAAAAACGAUGUCAGGAGGAAAUUGACAGGGUCGUUAGUGAAACUAAGUCUGGAGAACUCGAAUGGAAAGACCUAGGGAAACUGGAAUAUCUGACACUAUGUAUAAAAGAAGGAAUGAGGCUUCACUCCCCCGUUCCUGGAGUCUCGAGAGUUAACAGCCAUCCAAUCCAGGUAGACGGAUGUGAAAUUCCUACAGGUAGCAUUAUACUCCUUAACUUCUACUCACUGCAUCACAACCCCACAGUUUGGGGUGAAGAUCACAUGGAAUUCAAACCUAAGAGGUUCACUAAAGAACAUUCUGAGAAGAGAGACCCGUUCGCAUUCUGUCCAUUUUCUGCAGGGCCCAGAAACUGCAUUGGCCAGAACUUUGCAAUGAGCGAGGAAAAAGUAGUUUUAGCAACGCUUUUGCAAAAGUUAUCUUUUACACUGGACAAAGAACAUAAUGUAGAAAAAGUUAUAGCCGCUGUCAUGAGGCCUACAGACGGGAUCAAGUUAUAUGUUCAUUCAAGAUGAGUGACACAAUCUUGCCAGACACUCAUGUUACUUUUUUUAGUGAACUACUUAAUAUAAUACCUCUCUAUUAGAACUCGUUUUCAUCAAUGACCAAAUGCAAUAUGAAGCACAAUUUGGAGGCUUAAGAAGAAAAUUAUUGAUGAAUCCGUCAUAUCAUUGAAAGGAAAGUUAUGAAAUAAGUUGUGAACAGUUUAUUUGGAGAUAAAAGACUAAAGCGAAAAGUGUGUUCUAAUCGAAAUAAAACGAUUUCUACAUUAUCUUUGAACAAAUACAAAAAAAAUUCAUCUAAAUAAUUAAAAGCCAAUAUCAAUCUUUCAAUACUGAAACCAUAGUUCAAAUGAGAAGUCUUAGAGAUCCAUUAAAUAAAAUUUUGGUGUAGCAUUCCUCCUUAAAUACUUGUCUAUUUUUUACCCUUGACUGUCAUUUGUGUUUUAUAUAUUUCUAUUUAUGGACGUCUUGUGCCAGUGAUCUGGU